CCCCGAGAAGAACAUAGACUUUCCGCAUGAUUUGUUUUCUUUCGCAAGAGCUGCCGAUACAAAGGCCUGGCUGGGGAGAAAUCCCAAGCCAUCUGUGACAUCAAGAUCAAGAUCAAAAUCAAGCUGAAGUACGAGGGAGCUCACACAUUGAAACCGAACUCAUCUGUAUGUGAAGAUGGUCAUUGUCAUUGGCCUUGAGGGAAGUGCCAACAAGAUUGGAGUUGGCAUUGUCUGUGAUGGAAAGGUUUUAUCUAAUCCUCGUCGCACCUACAUUACACCACCUGGGCAAGGCUUCAUUCCUCAUGACACAGCCAAGCAUCAUCAGGUUCACAUAUUGGAGGUCAUUAACCAGGCCUUAUCAGAAGCAGAUGUCAGCCCACAAGAUAUUGAUGCCAUUGCUUUUACAAAGGGUCCCGGCAUGGCUGCUCCCCUAAUUAGCGUGGCAGUGGUGACUCGUACUCUUGCUCAGUUGUGGAAUAAACCUAUUGUUGCAGUAAAUCACUGUAUUGGACACAUUGAAAUGGGAAGGUUAGUAACAGGAGCACAAAAUCCUACAGUACUCUAUGUAAGUGGAGGUAAUACACAAAUUAUUGCCUAUCUAGAAAAUAAAUACAGAAUUUUUGGGGAAACCAUAGACAUGGCAGUUGGAAACUGCUUGGACAGGUUUGCAAGAAUUCUGAUGCUCUCUAAUGACCCAAGUCCAGGUUAUAAUAUUGAACAAAUGGCAAAGAAGGGUUCCAAAUACCUUCCUCUUCCAUAUUGUGUAAAAGGCAUGGAUGUCUCAUUUUCUGGUAUUCUUUCGUAUUUAGAGGACCGCGCUAAUAAACUUCUCAAGAGUGGUCAAUACACAAAGAGUGAUCUUUGCUUCUCCCUUCAAGAAACAAUCUUUGCUAUGUUGGUCGAGACCACUGAGAGGGCUAUGGCCCAUUGCGGUUCUCAGGAGGUUCUUAUUUGUGGGGGUGUUGGCUGCAACCUUCGACUGCAAGAGAUGAUGAACACAAUGUGUGAGGAGAGAGGAGCCAGGCUUUAUGCUACUGAUGAAUCAUUCUGCAUUGACAAUGGCGCUAUGAUAGCCCAGGCUGGUUACCUCAUGUACAAUUCUGGUAUUACAACUCCUCUUCAAGAUACUUGGGUAACUCAGAGGUACAGGACAGAUGAUGUUCUUGUAACUUGGAGAGAAUAAAUAAAAAGUUGUAAUAAAUAUAAUUUGGUUUUAUUGCAUUACAAUCCCAGGAAAGAACCAUAUACAGUAAAAGUCCUUUAACCCCUAAAGGAUGGGCUAGAGGGCGAUUUUCUGCUCACAGAGCAUGUGCUGUGCUGAUAAAAUUUGGCUAAAUAGGUGAUCUUCAUCAGUGCCCUGUGUGGCAAUUUCAGAUCAAAACACAAUAGUUCAUACUGCUUUUACAUGGCCAAUCUUUCAUAUACAUGAUGAAAGAAACGAAGUUCCUUGGUCAUAGCAUAGUGGAGAUAUGAUGUUGGAAAGUACAAAAUGGAAGACAGGAAUUCCCGCACCCCGCCUUUCUCCACCCCAGCGGGAAUUCCCGCUGGCAUGCCAACACCGCAGAAGCCAGUUAAAAGCCAACUGGGAAAAUUGGGAAUACUCCCUUGUACAUGGCCACGGUUAUUUGCCGGAUCCAGUUUCUCCUCAGCCGAAACAAUACCUGUAGCGGUUAAAAUGUUUUAAGUCGGUAAGGGAAGAGAACGAGAAAUACGAACCACAGCUUGGGUCGGCACCCCUGAUAUAAAUCCACUCGCUUUUAUAUAUAUUUAUACGUUACUAGAAAAUAAGGGAAAAUUAAGGUUAGAAUUAACACACAAAAAGACAACCUCAGAAAGGCAGAGGAAGGAUAGAUUAAUGUACCAAGCUGAAAGGCGAGAAGGGAGAGUGUUGGAACCUGGUGAAGGCCACGUCACAAGGAAAGGUAACCAGGCAACCGCGCCAGCUGGCCAGAUUCAUUCUGGACUUAACCUUCCCACACGGCACAGGUAAGCUCACCGCUCGCUAGAGUCCUGAGUGUCUGGGAGUGAGAGAUAGCCCUAGCUGGUGUUCAUUAGUGAUUCAUUUCUGGACUGAACCUUCCUGCACGGCACAGGUGAAUGGCGAGACAGCUGAAGGCCGGUGUCCCGGGCUAGGCAAGGCGAGUGGCCCGCCAUCUUGAAGCCGCCCCAUUGAGUCGGGAAUGGACCCAGACGCCAGUGGUUAACAAGGGUCAUGCCCUCAGUCAGGAGUGCCUGAACUGAGCAAAGGUAAGGGCGAGACACUCCAGUCCCUACCGCCCCCAAGACCAGCAGGCUUGUGAUGGGAGUAAACGCCUCCGAAACCCUCCCUUUAGGCACGGCACAACAGCAUAUUGUGUAGCUCUCAGGCCUCCACCAAGCCAAGGAAAUUGUGUCAAACGGGUAAGGGGCACCCGCUGUGUGGACGAGGGGCUAACAGUGACCUCACCCCCCUUUAGCUGUAACAGUCUGAUCUUUCUCUCAUACUUACUCUUUUCUUCCUAUUUUUGUUAUGAGUUUUUUUUGUGUGUGUGUGUGCACGCCGGUGCAGGAAGUUGAAAUCGGAGUGUCUAGCCAAUCGGGCAGUAGCCCUGUGAUAUAUCCCGACAUGUGUUCAUCUCUCUCGUGUGUAGCAUUUAUCGAUAAGAAUGUUAGGGAUUAGAAGAAAGGUUUUCACGUUUGUAAACAAAACAUGCUACACUUCCUUCGUCUAGUGAGGAUAUGGUUAGAACCAGAGACCCAUAGACGACUUUUCUGGAAGAGGCUUACACCUGUGACUCCAACUCCAUAGCCUCAGUCAUACUAUUAGGUAGGGUUUUCUUUUUUUGAUGGAUAUUUUGAACUGUGUAUUUAAAUGCAAUUUUGUAUUAACCAAAACAUGCUACACAUUCAAACCUAGUAAUCAGAUUAACACCAAUGGGAAGGAGACCCUGGUAUUUUGCAAAGGAAUACUUUUUAUUUAAGAAAUAGGACAUCAGAUCUAGAUAAUUUUAUCUAAAUGAUAGUUGUCAAAAUAGGGUACUGGAAUAGUUUCAAUAUUCUUUGAAAAAAAUAAUAUAAAAAAAUAAUAAAUAAAUAAAAUAUAUCCAAUCCUGUUUUAGACCCAGCAAUAAACUGGGUAAAAUAUA